UUCUUCGGGAACGGGGCAGUCGAAUACCCUGUGAUCAUCCGCUCGCUGUCCUGAGUUAAUAAUAGCAAGCGUUGUCAGCUGCUUCCCCUCAUCUCCUUCCCCUACUCUUAGAAUAGCGCCUCCAGCAGCCUGCUUCCUCUGCACAGACGACAAAUCCUGCAAAUGGAAGGUUUUUAAGCCAAGACUCUCUCCACCGCAAGGGACUGUAUUUUUUUGGGGGGGGUAGCACGCUUUUAUAACGACUGACAUAAAGGUAGAUCGAGGUUAAAGUUUCGCUUCCCAACAUACUGCCUCCUGGCCUCGGCGAUGGUGCUCGAUCCAGCAGCUCAGGCCUUGGCUGGGCCUCAGAAGAGCAAAAGGUCAGGCACGGCCAAAGUGCUCAAGAAAGCAGCUGAGCGAAAGAAUGGCGAGAAGAACGGGGUCCUGUCGCAGAGUAGCCCCGCUGCCCCGCAGGCGGAGGGGCCUUUAAGGACUGCGUCACUGACGUCGGGGACGCUCACUUGCAGCUUGAAGGUUAACCGGGUCCUCGCAGCAGCAGGAUCGAGCCCUGUCGGUAAUGGACACUGCAGGUGGAUGAGGCGGAGCGAGAGCUCCUACAGUGUAAACAGCACAGGCUCCGAUUGCCCCAGGACCCGGAUCAGGAGCGCCACGUCUCUCCCGCACAUAGCCAGGUAUAACGCCCGGGAGCCACCGCCCGUUAAAAGCCCCUGCCUCUUGGUGGCGCUGCGACCAACAAACGUUGACAAAGAGAAAGAGCUGUUCUUCCAGUCUAAGUAUGCCUACAAUCCUCAGUUUGAGUACUCCGAGCCCCUCAGCAGCAGCAUCAUGAGCAAGUACAGUGUGGCCUCUGACCGCUUCAUUGAACAGGCUGUACGAAUCAUGAAGAGCGUGGUGAAGAUGUAUGGCAGCUACGAGAACUUCGAGGUGGCCACUGGGGGUGCAAUGCUGUCAAAGAGUAAAAUAUGGACCUGUAUCAGAAGUUACAUGAGGAAGGAGGGAUGCUCUGGAGAGGUUGUGGUGCGGCUCAGUGAAGACCUGCUGUCCCAGGCGGUGAUGAUGGUGGAGAACUGCCGGCCCACACUGACGAUUAACCUUGCAGGGGCUCGUCAGUACUGGCUAGAGGGAAUGUUACGCCAUGAGAUAGGGACACACUACAUCCGAGGCGUUAACAACAGCUACCAACCCUGGCACAGUGCGGCGGGUAGGAAGCUGUAUGGUCUGAAGCCAGCCAACCCUACGGAAGAAGGCCUUGCCAGCCUGAACAGUGUCCUGUACCGCAAGUACCCAUUCUUGUGGAGGGCUGCCCUGCUCUACUAUACUGUCUUCCAGGCCAGUCGGAUGCCCUUCUGUCAGCUCUUUGAAGACAUUGCCAAGUUCGUGGAGGAUCCAAACACUCGAUGGGAGUAUUGUGUGAGAGCCAAGAGAGGUCAAAUGGACACUUCUCAACCAGGUUGUUUCAGUAAAGACCAGGUGUACUUGGAUGGCGUGUUGCUCCUGCUUCGAUACAGAAAGACCAUUGACUUCAAGAUGCUGGCAGCACUUGGAAAGGUCUCCUUCGAAGACGUGGAGCAUUUGAAGAAAUGCGCCAUCCUCCAAAACACGCGCAUCCCGCACUUCAUGAGGGAUCAGGCCCGCUACCUGGAUCAACUACACCACAUCACCGCAGUCAAUGGACUGACAGAUGAGGAGUUGCUACGGCUUAUCCCCAAGUAGAUGGUGCUGGUGAUGGAAGUGUGUGGGGAUUGAGGAGGGAGCCUUUCAAUGGGCUUUCUAUCCAGUUUGCUUUUCAAUGCACUGCUUCAUUGCAGUGCACGUAAACACACACACACACACACACACACACACACACACACACACACACACAACUCCAAGGCACAGUGGCCUUAAAUUUUUGCGGCGAUGCAUUGGAGCAUCGAUGGACAUUUGUAUGAAAAAUUGUGGAACUGUUUCUAUUGGAAGCUAAAGCCUGGAGCUGCAGCUUCACCCUCUGACCUCUGUCCUUUGUGUGCCACGCAUUUCCUAUUUAAACUUGUAUUUAUUGUUUGCAAAGGUGCUGCUUUUAAAAAAAAAAACAUUUUAACUUCUUGUUAGAAAGGUUGGUUGGGGUGGGAAGGGAGGGAUGGAUGAAAAAAAUACAGACAUUUCUUUCAGUAUUGUCCGUGUGCAUUCUAUCGGUGGUUGUGACAGGGCUUUGCUCAGGCUGAGUAAAGGCAUGAUGUUGGUUCAGUUAUAGAGUCAUUAUAAACCGAAAGAAGCCACUUGGCCCAUCAAAUUCAUUCCAGCCCUCUGUACAGCAAGCCAGCCUCCUGUCAGAGCCAUUGCAUUUUUGAACCAGUUCUGCAUCAUUGUUUCGAUGAAAACUUUAUGCUCAAAUGAAAUUUAAAAAUAAAGACAGAAAAAAAAGCUGAAAAUGACUUAGCAGAAAACGUCACAAGUUAUGGGGUGAAUAUUAGUAGGCCAUGAAAUGGCCAGACAUUUAGAAGAUGUAGUUUAACCCAGAGAAGUGUGAAGUGAUUGCUUCGAGUGGGAAAAUUGCAAGAGACAUUAUUAUCUAAGUGUUUCAAUUUUAGAUGUCACAGAGACCUGGGGAUGUCUAUACAUGAAUCUUUGAAGGUCUAAGGAGAAGUUGAUUAAACUCCUUUGUUAAAGAAUAUUGGGAGGUGGCAGAAAAAUAGAACUGAGGCCACAAUCAGAUCAGCCAUGAUCUUAUUGAAUGGUGGAGCAGGCUUAGAGAGGCAGAAUAGCCCCACUCCUGGUCCUAAUUCAUAUCUUCAAUAUGGACCAGUUGAGAAGACAGUUAGAGAGCUUGGGGGAUCCUUGGCUUCGUUAAUAGAGUACAAAAGCAAGGACAUUAUGCUGACCCUGAUCAAAUAUUGGUCAGGACUCAGUUAGAAUACUAGUUUCAAUUCUGGGCACCAUAUUUUAGGAAGGAUACUAAUCACUUAGAAAGGAUGAAGAAUAGCUUUACAAGAAUGGUACUUGGGCAGACUCAGUUAUUUAGUGGAGCUGGGGUUGUUCUCCAAAGAACAAAGAUGGUUAGGAGGAAGUCUGAUAGAGGUGUUCAAAAUAAUGAAGGGGUUUUGUUGGAGUAAGUCACGAGUGGUUGCUCCCAGAAUGGAAUUGUCCAGGGGACACGUUGCAAUAGGCCCGAAGGCAAGAUGAACGAACAUGAAGUUGUUGUGAAUCACUGCGGGUGGGAGUAGAUUUAAUAACAACAUUCAAAUGCUAACUGUAUAAAUACAUUCAGGCAAUGUAUCUGUAGCUAUGGAGAAUGGGCAAGGGAGUGAGAUUUAUUGGGUAGGUCAUCAAAAUAGGCUGACUGAGUUGAAUAGCCUCUGUCUGUGCCAGGAAGCCUUGUAAUGAUGGCCACCAUAUCACAGGAUGGAGAAACAACUGGGGGUAAAAACAGAUGUUUUUUUUUCAAAAAAAAAAACAAGGUAUGUUUUUGUGGCCUAGCUUUGAAUAUUCAUCUCUGGAUAUAUGAGGGUUGAGUCCAGAAAUUGAAAGGUGGCACAUCACUGAUGUUGAAAGCAUUUGUAAUGAAAUGACCCAAAUUCCCCUUUACAGAUGUUAUGUCCUGGGGCUCUUUCCUAACAGGAGUCCUGAGCUUCCCUGACACAGACCAGAUACAGAUCAGAGGAUUGAGCCUGUCCAAACUGACUGGCGACCAAUCAGCUGGUUAUGUCAGAGUGUACGUUUUCUCUCUGGUCCAAAUUGCUUAUAAUUGGAUGUUGGAUAACAUGCCAGUGCUCUAUGAUUGGUUUUGAAACCUCAUUAAACAGGGAGGUUAAGGUGACACGUAUAAAGUCUGAGAUCCUCCAGGGUUAGUCAGACAGCCUCCAGGAAUUAAAGGUGGAGGAUACUCCACUUCAGGAGAAAAGUCACUGCCAUUAAGAGAAUUGUAUUGUGUCAUUUUCACUUUCUUUUGAUCAAUUUCAUGUACUAGGUUAUUAUAGAGGUAAUGGAAAAUUUGGGGAAGGCCGUUUUAACUGGGGAGGGUGGUUGGAGUCGGAAGGUCCCCUUUGUGAUGGAACCUCUGGCAGUACCUCCAAACAGAGUUGGCCACCCUAGGUUCACAGGUCAUGCUUCCUUCUUUUCCUGGCAGCUGGAGAUACUGAAUGCAACGGGAGAGCAAAACUUAAUGUCAGAAUGAAGGAAUACUCUCCCAGUUUUGAAGUCAACCUUUACCUGCAACACUGAAAACCAGUGGAAAUGACUGAAAUUUUUUUAGAUCAUGUCUGGAGUUCUGUAUCGUGUUGUGUACAAUAAACUUGAAAUGACCAAGUGGA